AUGGAGUGGCAAUUUCCCACAAAUGUACUCGGACCACGCAUCUAUCUAUCUAUCUAUCUAUCUAUCUAUCUAUCUAUCUAUCUAUCUAUCUAUCACAGUCUGUUUAUGAUCUGUCUAUAUCAGCCUGUUCGUAUCUAUCUAUCUAUCUAUCUAUCUAUCUAUCUAUCUAUCUAUCUAUCUCAUUCUCCCUUUCUCGGUUACAACAGUAUUAUCGAUAACAUUUUGUUCAAAUCUAUCUAUCUAUCUAUCUAUCUAUCUAUCUAUCUAUCUAUCUAUCUAUCUAUCUUGUUUUGGCUCAGUGAAUUUUUUUCAUCUUUCUUUCUUUCUUUCUUCAUUCUGUUUUUCAUUCUUUCUUUCUUUCUUCAUUCUGUUUUUCAUUCUUUCUUUCUCCUGUUUAUUCUUUCUUCUGUUUUUUCUUCUUCUUCUUUCUUUCUUUUCUUUCUUUCUUUCUUCAAUCUGUUUUUCUUCCUUUCUUUCUUUCUUUCUUUCUUUCUUUCUUCAUUCUGUUUUUCUUCCUUUCUUUCUUUUCUUUCUUUCUUUCUUCUGUUUUUUCUUUCUUCUAUCUUUCUUCUUUCAUUCUUUCUUUCUUUUUCUCUUUUUUCUUCAUUCUUUUUUUUCUUUCUUCCUUUCUUUCUUUUUUUUUUCUUUCUUUCCUUCCUUCCUUUUCUUCUAUUUUUUUUUUUUCUAUCUUUCUUUCUUUCGUUCUUUUCUUCAUUCUGUCUUCCUUUUUUCAUUCUUCCGUUUUUCUUUCUUUCUUUUUCUUCUUUUCUUUUCUUUUUCAUUCUUUUUUCUUCCUUUCUUUCUUUCUUUCUUUUUUUCUUUUUUCUUUUCUUUUUCUUCUUUUUUCUUUCUUUCUUUCUUCAUUCUGUUUUUCUUUCUUUCUUCCUUUUUCUUUCUUUCUAUUUUUUUCUUUUCAUUCUUUUUUUUUUUUUUCUUUUCUUCAUUCUGUUUUUUUUUUCUUCCUUUCUUUCGUUCUGUUUUUUUUUUCUUUUCUUUUUUUUUCUUUCUUUAUUUUUCUUUCUUUAUCUUUUUUUGUUUUCUUUCUUCAUUUUUUCCUUUUUUCAUUCUUCUUUUUUUUUUUUUUUUUUUUUCUUUCUUUUUUUCUUUUUCUUUUCUUUCUGUUUUUCUUCCUUUCUUUCUUUCUUUUCUUUCUUUUUUCUUUCUUUUUUUCUUUGGUUUUUUAAAAAAAAUUUCUUUCUUUCUUUCAUCUUUUUUUUCUCUUUCUUCAUUCUGUUUUCUUUCUUCCUUUCUUUCGUUCUGUUUUUUCUUCUUUCUUCCUUCCUUUCUUUUUUAUAUUUUCUUUCUUUUUCUUUCUUCUUUCGUUUUUCUUCAUUUUUUAUUUUCUUUCAUUCUUCCGUUUUUUUAAAAAUUCUUCUUUCUUUUCUCUUUCUUCAUUCUGUUUUCUUCCUUUCUUUCUUUAUUUCUUCAUUCAUUUUUUUUUCUUUCUUUCUUUCUUUCUUUCUUUCUUCAUUCUGUUUUUUUCUUUCUUUCUUUCUUUUUUUCAUUCUGUUUUUUUUCAUUUUUUUUUCUCCUGUUUAUUCUUUUCUUCUGUUUUUUUUCUUCUUUCUUUCUUUCUUUCUUUUUCUUUCUUUUUUCUUUCUUUAUUCAUUCUGUUUUCUUCCUUUCUUUCUUUCUUUCUUUCUUUAUUCAUUCUGUUUUUUUCCUUUUUUUUUUCUUUUUUCUUUCUUCGAAUUCUGUUUUUCUUUCUUUCUUUCUUUCUUUCUUUCUUUCUUCUGUUUUUUCUUUCUUCUAUCUUUCUUCUUUCAUUCUUUCUUUCUUUUUUCUCUCUUUCUUCAUUCUGUUUUUCUUUCUUCCUUUCUUUCGUUCUGUUUUUUUUCUUCUUUCUUCCUUCCUUUCUUUCUUCUAUUUUUCUUUCUUCUAUCUUUCUUCUUUCGUUCUUUCUUCAUUCUGUCUUCCUUUCUUUCAUUCUUCCGUUUUUCUUUCUUCUCUCUUUCUUCUUUCUUUCUCUCUUUCUUCAUUCUGUUUUUCUUCCUUUCUUUCUUUCUUUCUUUCUUUCUUCAUUCUGUUUUUCUUCCUUUCUUUCUUUCUUUCUUUCUUCAUUCUGUUUUUCUUUCUUUCUUCCUUUUUCUUUCUUAA